UGAUUGCUUACAUAAAUACUUGAUAAAUUCUUUCUAAUGAUAUUUUAAAUUGUAUUGACUAAAUUGCUGACAGCUUUAUAUUUAUGUAAUAUUUACUAAACAGCUUGUACUAUUAAAGACGAUAAAAGUUAGACACCUUCUUCAAUUCAACAACAGUCGUCGUCAAGAUGAAGACCAUUGUACUUCUUGUUUUUGGCAUGACACUUUUUCCCACCGAGGCGUUGCCACAUUGGGGACGACGGGAACUUGACAUCCAGAUCAGAGAUUUCUUGCAAAGAGACUAUCCCAAGGGAAACAAUCAAUACAAUACAGGUAACGACAAGACGUUAAGAUCCAUCGAGAACUUUGUAAAAACACUCAUAAAAAGCGGAAAUGCUUUUAAACUUCGAAGUGGAGAUGCUACUGAAGAACGUCUUAUGGAUACACGUGCUAGCGGGGAAGCUCCCGAAGAACGACUUAUGGAUACACGUGUUAGCGGGGAAGCUCCAGAAGAACGACUUAUGGAUACACGUGUUAGCGGGUAAGCUCCAGAAGAACGACUUAUGGAUACACGUGUUAGCGGGGAAGCUCCCGAAGAACGACUUAUGGAUACACGUGUUAGCGGGGAAGCUCCAGAAGAACGACUUAUGGAUACACGUGCUAGCGGGGAAGCUCCAGAAGAACGACUUAUGGAUACACGUGCUAGCGGGAAAGCUCCAGAAGAACGACUUAUGGAUACACGUGUUAGCGGGGAAGCUCCAGAAGAACGACUUAUGGAUACACGUCUUAGCGUGGAAGCUCCAGAAGAACGACUUAUGGAUACACGUGCUAGCGGGUAAGCUCCCGAAGAACGACUUAUGGAUACACGUGUUAGCGGGGAAGCUCCA